AACGGACACUCUAUAUCUCCUCUCAUCGUCGCGCAAAAUCCUCGCCAACCGAUCCUCCUCCUCCUCGCUCGACGAGUCGUCUGUGAGAACAAUGGCAACUGCCGCGGGUGGAGCCACCGCCGGCUCGCGCCGUCGGGCGCUGCUCCUGAUCGCGAACUACGCCGCGCUGCUGGUGGGGUCCGUCUCGUCGAGCCUGCUGUCCAGGUUCUACUUCGCGCGAGGCGGGCGGAACCGGUGGGUGGUGACGCUGGUGCAGUCGGCGGGCUUCCCACUGCUGGUCGUCGCCGUCCUCGUCGCCGGCCGCCCCGCCGCGGCGCCGCGCCCCUUCACGUGGUUCUCGAGGCGGUUCCUCACGGUGUGCCUCGUCAUCGGCGCGCUCAUGGGCGCCAACAACCUGCUCUUCUCGUACAGCACGUCGUUCCUGCCCGUGUCCACGUCGUCGCUGCUGCUGUCGACGCAGUUGGCGUUCACGCUCGUGCUGGCCGCCGUCAUCGUCCGCCACCCGCUCACCUUCGUCAACCUCAAUGCCGUCGUGCUCCUGACCGUCAGCUCCGUGCUCCUGGCGCUCCGCUCGGGGGACUCCGGCGAGAACCCGGACGGGGGCGGCGCGGCCGCGGCGCACUAUUUCGCCGGGUACGUGGUCACGCUGGGCGCGGCGGGGCUGUUCGCCGCGUACCUGCCCGUCAUGGAGCUCCUGUACCGCCAGGCCGUGUCCGGCGGGUUCGUCCUGGCCGUGGAGGUGCAGGCGGUGAUGCAGGCCAUGGCCUCGCUGGUGGCGGCGAUCGGGCUGGCGGCCAAGGGAGGCCUGGGCGGCGACGUGGCGCGCUGGAAGGGCUCGGCGGCGCUCUACUGGGUCGUGGUGUCCACCCUGGUCCUUACUUGGCAGGCGUGCUUCAUGGGCACGGCGGGGGUGAUCUACCUCACGUCGUCGCUACACAGCGGCGUGUGCAUGACCGCCGUGCUGACGGCGAACGUGCUGGGCGGCGUGGUGGUGUUCGGCGACCCAUUCGGCGCCGAGAAGGGCAUCGCCACCGCGCUCUGCGCAUGGGGCCUCGCCUCCUACCUCUACGGCGAGUACACCAAGAAAAAGAAAGAAGAGGAGGAUGAGGCCGUCGCCGUCGCCGACACGUCCGCUGACAGCGUCCGGAAGAGCCUCACAGGCGGCGCCGGAGACGAGCUAGAAGCCGUCUGAAAACAAACUAAAGGCCAUAGGGGGUAUGAACCGUGUGAUCAGGGACGAAGCAAGAAUGGAAACUGAAAAGGGUGUAGCUGCAGUUGUUGAGUCAUGUUAGAUCGAUGGAUUAUAGGCAAAGUUACAAGCAACCAAACUUGUAACUGAUGGCCAGCUCUUCUGGCUGCUAGCUAGUAGCUAUUAAUCUAGUCAUGAGGUUUCACUAGCGGUUUAAGUGAUCAGGGUUUAGUACUUUAGUGUAGUGUGGGGUGGGUGGAAUACAACAUGUAAACCAGCUGUUCCUCCUCCUUACUCACUGUCGUCAUCAAUAUUCAAUAGCCGCUGUUGUUGA